AUGUCAAGAACAAGAAAUUUAAAGAAUAUGAAGAAUGAACAAUCGACCAAUGAUGCAACUAACACUAAUGGUAUAAUGAUCGAUUUGCCAGAAAUAACAUACGAUCAACAAGGAAUGACGAGAAAUAAUUCAACUAGACGAACUAUGUAUAAUCCAGCAAAAUCGGUUUCACAAUUAUCAUUGGCCUCCAGUCCUUGUAAUGAUUAUAGUUUAGAUAGUGUAUGCUGUACAAAACGAACAUUACAUACAUUUUCACAUAUGUGGAUUGUAGAAAAUUUUAGUACUUAUUUAGAAGAUCCUGAGCCAAUUAUUUGUUUAUCAAGUUCACCAUUUUCACCUGUUAGUGGUCUUAGUGUAUCAACACAAUGGCGUUUAGUCUGUUAUCCAAAAGGAAAUUAUGGUGCCAGUAGUAAUUAUAUGUCAAUAUUUUUAGAAUAUAUUAAAGGUGAAAAAGAUAUUAAAGCAAAAGCAGAAUAUUCAUUAGUUAAUAGAAAAUGUGAAUUAACUGAAAUAAGAAAAGAUGCACAGUUUAGUGUUUAUAAAUCAGGAAAUACUCGAGGAUUUAUUAAUUAUGUAAAAUAUGAUACAUUAACAUUACUUGAAAAUGAUACAUUAGAUGAUGAUAAAUUAAAAAUUUAUGUUCGAAUAACAAUAAUGGAUGAUGCUAUUACUGAAGAAACAAAAUAUCAAGAAUUUGAUGAAUGUGAAACAAUUAAUUUUACAACAAAAGGACUUGAAGGUUUAGUAAGAGAUUUUUCACAAUUAUUAAAUACGUCAAAUUUAAGUGAUGUUAAAAUAAAUGUAAUAGUUAAAUCAUUACCCGUUAAUUUAGAUAUAGAUAAUAAUAAUAAUGAUCCAUCAUAUGUUAAUAACCUAUCAUCAGACUAUACAGGAAUAAAUG